AAACAGACUUUAACUUCCUUAUGUUGGCUUUCCUGAGAUUUAUGUGCUUAAUAAGUCAUUGGAAUUGUUUUGUUGGUAACAGUAUAUUCUUUCCGGUCAAAGUCUCUGAGCCGUCAACAUGGGUAAACCCCGUGGAUUGAGAACUGCUAGGAAACAUGUGAACCAUCGUAGGGACCAAAGGUGGGCAGACAAAGAUUACAAAAAAGCACAUUUAGGAACAAGAUGGAAGGCUAAUCCUUUUGGAGGAGCUUCUCACGCUAAAGGAAUUGUUCUCGAAAAAGUAGGAGUAGAAGCUAAGCAACCAAACUCUGCCAUCCGUAAAUGCGUUAGGGUGCAACUAAUUAAAAAUGGUAAAAAAAUUACUGCCUUCGUACCAAGAGAUGGUUGUCUAAAUCACAUCGAAGAAAACGAUGAAGUUCUUGUAGCAGGUUUUGGACGUAAAGGUCAUGCUGUAGGUGACAUUCCUGGAGUUAGAUUUAAGGUUGUUAAAGUAGCCAACGUUUCCCUUCUAGCCUUAUAUAAAGAAAAGAAGGAAAGGCCGAGGUCAUAGGCUGGUUUAUUUAAUUACUUGACAAAUAAAGUGUACAAGUAUGAUUUUGUAUAGUGUUUUAUUUCAAUAAACUAAUUUUUAACAAAA